CCAAGGCGCUGUCGGUGGCGCACAUUCCUCAGCGUCCGCAGCGCCAACUGGCGCGAUUUAUCGUCCAGGCCAUCGAGUAUAGCAACGAAGUCGUGGUGCAAGUGUACAAUCCAGCAGAUUCCCGGACGUGGUGCUUUCCGUCUACGUCCAACCAGCUACGUGACUUGCAUGCGUUGAUUCACACUUUGCGAGUUGUUUCCGUUCUACCCCACGGCCAGUACACGGUCGUGCCAUCAAGCGAUGUCGACCAACUCCUGCAAUCGCAUGUCGUUGUCGAGCUCCAGCGUCACAUUCGACGAAAACUUGCCCAGCAACGCGUCCAAGAUCUCGCCAUCCAUCAGUGGCUGCGUUUGCAAGUCAAGAACCGAUAUCAAUACGUGCAUGGUCCAUCAGGGCUGUGGCGCGACGCGUCAAAGCCCCGCAUGCUACGCAACGCAACGCCUGUGAAUGCCAUGCGAGAAUGGUACUUCGUGCUCAAUUACACCCAUACCAGAGUGCCGUACGCGCACUACAUCUACCCUCGACGCGCUGCCAUCUCGCGCAAGUCCCAGGUCGAUGCGGCUAUGCUUAUCCAAACGUGGCUUCGCAACCAAGGACACAAUCGACGCCUCUUUGACUGCGUCCGCUCCAUGAUCAACCUGCACCAAUUUCACGUGCGGUGGCAAGUGCAGAGCCAAGGCCCGCCAACUCCCCACAUCACACGACUUUUGCUCUAUAAAGCGAUGUGGUUGCACCUCUUUCACGCCGACGUAGCUGGCGCGGCGCCUCUCUACGACGACGUAGCACGCUUGUUCGUGUGGCACGACGGGGUUCCGCCGUCCGAAGUGGCUCUCGUACUUUGUGUCUGCGCGGUCUUUUGGCUUGCGACUUGUCAUGACGAGAGUUCCAUAGGCCGACGGCAGCUAGCCUUGACAUACUUGGGCAAAUACCGACCGCAGCUCGAUGCUGCAGACGUUGCUUCUUCCACUAGAGGAUUCCAUCAAUAAACGUCCGCAAG